AUAUUUACAUUAUGAAUGAGGUAAUAACACACAUUUGUUUCCCCCCAAUAACUGAAUAAACAAGCUGUUCUCAGAGGAAAACGAGAUCCCCACUGUUUGAAGUUAGAAAAAGGUGGCAGGGUGUUUUUGCUUAUAUGUGACAAGAUGCCACAUAUAAAUAAAGUCAGACAGGAAGUGAGACAGCCGAACAUGUCAGGGUGUAACCAGCUGAGUAGAGUAGAGGGCCGGAGGCUCUCUUGGCUUCAUGCCUUGUGUUUCAUACCAUGACACGUAUUCACUGACAGGACAACAAAGACGCGUUUGUGUAAAAUAUUUAACUGCUACUUGGUGUUUACAGAAGAUUUAAGGACUUAAGUUGUAACUUUUAGAGUUUGUGAAUUCCGUAAAAUCUUUAAAAAAAAAGAUUCAGGCUGAGAAGAAAAAAAGUUUGGUUUAUGAUAAGAUAAGGUUUUGAAUCCUUGGAGAGUUCACUCUCACUGUGACCAAACUAUCAAACCUGCCCUUCAACUCUGCAGACGAUUGUUAAAAGGAAAUUGUUAAUAAAACCACACAAACCUCUACGUAUGUAACGUUCUGAACCGUUUGUCUUUGCUUAUAUUUGCAUGUUUCUCUUUGUGUCUGAGCUCACUGAUAAAGAAACAAAACAAAAAAAACAAACCCAAAUGUUUACAUUAGAGACACGAACAAUGAUUUCAUUAUAAUCGUUCUCUCAUGACCAUUAAAACACGGUCGUGUUGUCACACGGCAGCUCUCUAGUUCUUUGAAGAACAAUGUGUCAGUGUCAGUCAGUGUAAACAGAUGAUGUUUUUACAACAGGUGACUCGGCUACUUCAAUAUUAUGUUUCUAGGUAAAGUGGUUCUCAAGUUAUAAGCCUUUGGAUCUCAGUAGGCACUCUUUGGGGAAAAAAAAGGACCCAAGCAAAAUGCACAGACAUGCCUUUAGAAAAAAAAUUGUGAAAAAUCAGGUUUUUAGUCUUUUGACUUCAAGCUGAGACCCCUGGCUAUGGCCUAAAUGUGUCUGCUGUGUCCAUAGACAUACCUGAACCUUUGUAUCUUAGUCAGUUCAUUGACAUUUGAAUUGGACGGAAACCAAUGGAAAGUUACCCAGCCUGCUUUAGUCCGAGUGAGUUGAACCGUUUAUGACGUUUAAAAAACAACAUGGGUCAAACUGACACUGUCUCCUGCUGCACAACCAGCGAGAGUCAACACGGGGAAACAAACAGACUUCUGUUCAACACUUCAUCUUUUGAGGCUCUCUUGGCUUUCUGUCACACACACUGUCUUUCUUUGUCUCUGCUAAAGACGUGUUUGUGUGAAGUAUCUCACGGCUACUUGGUGUUCAGAUAAGAUUCCUAUCAGUGCAUGCAGCCACAAACCCACAAAGGAAUCGCACAUUCAAGUUUUGAGAGGAACAUUCAGACACACACGCUGUUGAUUCAAGAUAAAGAGCCUGUCACACUGUGUGUCCUUUGAUAGCGCUGACCUCUGACCUCUGUGCAGUUUUUGUGAAUCGCUUGAACGCUCACGUCUCCCAGACAAUCAUCUACUCUCCCUCUCCCCUCAAACAUCAAGAGCACGGUAACACACACCGACAGCCUCCACCAGCAGGCAGUGAGUCAACAACGUGCGACUGGAUAGUGAUUUUAUUCACACGCUGACAGAAAUAUUACAAAAGUCAAAAAACAAUACGAUUCAAAAUGUUAAGGAAUACAAUCAACGUAGAUACAGAUAGUGCAAAAUCAACAGCAGUGAAUUUUAGUGCAAUGAGUGUUGAAAAAUCCCCUCAAGGGAUUUCAGGAAGUAAAAAAAAAAAAAAGGAAAAAAUUGAGCUCACACAUUCACUCAUGGUUGACUGGAAGCAGACAGAGAGGUCAACAAGUGUGACACGAUAAACACACACACACACACACACACACACACACACACACACACACACACACUCUCAGCCAUGACACCUGGAGAUAACAAAGAUACAACAGGUGUCCAAAAGCUGUAAAACGUCUAUUCUCAAAACAAAACCAACUGCGGCUCAUUUCAGUUGCAGGACGUGUAAGAGCCAAAGUGGAGGCUCCGUUAUGUUUGUAUCCAGCUGCCAGUCACGACUUUACAGAGGCAUCUGUGACAACACACAGAUCAAUAUUCAACAUUUUCCGCAGCAGUCUGUGAGAAUAUCUCACAUGAACUAGCGCCAUUUGUGAAGUGGAACAUCUCACGAGAUUCUCAUGUUGGUAAUGCUCAAAUUUGCAUGACUCUGAAGCUGUAAUGGCAGAGUUUCUAUCCAUAUUUAGCCUUUCCGUCAUGACAUUACAGCCAGCAUACAGCGUGUACUUCACGUACAUCUCGUAAAACUCUACACUCUGCCUGCUUCUUGAAUGAAUCUCCACUUACAUAGACUAUUUCUGUCGUCACUCACAUGCUUUUAGCUUUUUUUUUUAAUCACUCGGUGCUGCAAUCAUGAACACACCCCAGUCGGUUCUACCAGGUAUGAUAUCAAGAUAUUCCAACGUGUGUGGAACCGAGCGGGAUAUUUUAAUGAUGUCAGCAUUAGAUUAGAAAAAAUUCUGCAGAGUGAGAAGAAGGAAUCAAUGACAGAGGUAGUCUGUGUUGUUCAGUGAGGGAAAGUACAGGGAAAAAAGGAGCCCUGUCCAGUUUUUAAUAACCUUUGUGGCUGGUGAAGUAGCGAAAGCUAAAUUUACGAGGUUUCCUGUACGAGACGUGAAUGCAUCACGGGAAGCCAGAGCAGCCGCGCACUCAGAGGAGCGCAGCGAGACGAGGCGGACCAUGAAUCUUAUCCUGCAGUUUGCAAUGAUUUUAGCGAUGAUUCUUCAUCUUGAUGGAAAAUCCGUGAGGGGGAUUGUGGGAGAUCGGGUUCAGUUCCCUGUGAACUGUCCGAUGAACGGGACGGCCGAGCUGUACCUGGAGGACGGGACGGAGAACCCGCCGCGUGUGGCUGCGCGUCGGGACGGAGUUUGCACACCAGGCGAUGGAUUCACUGACCGGCUGGAUCUGAACUCCUGCUUCAGCUUCAGCCGCUCACUGUACACAGACUCCGGGCUGUAUGAGAGCAGAUGCGGCGGCGGCGGCAGAGACCACAUACAGCUGGAUGUGGUUGUGGCUUCUGAAUCAUCGGUCAGUGAGGGAGAACCGGUGACGAUCAGGUGCUACUAUAAGACUGCAGGCGGCGGACAGGUGGAGACUCUGAGGUGGGAGAAGAGCGGAGUCAUGGUGCUGGAGGUGAACCUGUCCACCAAAGAGAUCACAAACGGAACCGGGUUUGAGGGAAAGAGACUUUCAGCUGCUGGUGCCACAGAAGGAGACUUUUCACUAACGUGGGCUCAGGCUCAGGUCCAGGAUGAGGGCGAUUACUUCUGCUCCGUCCGCAGUCAGGGCGUCAGGAGGGCGUGGGGGGACCCUGCUGCUGCCAGGCUGAAGGUCAUCAAGAAAGACCUGGACCCGACGACCCCCUGCCCACCUCAGAAUAGAACCUGUGGAGGAAGGAUGGAGACUUGGAUCACUGUCAGCAUCACAGCAGCUGUGACGUCUGCGCUUUGGGCUCUUUGCUGGUUCUUAGUUUGGUGGCUGAAGUUCCGCAGACCAAAUGUGUCACCUGGACCUGAUGGUGGACGACAACUGAGAGAUGUGAAGAUGGGACUCCUGACCAAUGGGAAUUCUGCUGGUCCUCAAACCAAUGGGAGUUCUAAGGUCUAGAUUCAAUAAAUUGAAAAAAAAAACAAUUGGAAUCAACAGCCACCACUUAAAUCCAUCAAAUACAGAAUGCAUUUUGAUGCAUGUUUGACAAAUUAGACACCACGACUCCACAGACUUUGUCAGCACAUUUUCCCUCAUCAGGCUAAAGAACAAUAUUUGAUACGUUCCAAAAAGAUUAUGAUUCGAUAAUAACUCUAAAUCUAGCCAACAACUGCACCGACUCAAACCCCUUCUUCAUCCACCUACCUUGACCCCCCUUUCCUAUCCUUUCCAAAGUCUUCUACCAGUGUAAAUAAACUACCUUAAUUGUUUAA